AUGACCUUUGGAGAGAGUGAGGACUAUACUUUGUUACCGCCACUGUACAACCCAACCUCUCUGCCAGAUAAUUUGCAAGCUCAGAGAGAGCUGACAGCUCUCAAAGGGAAGUAUCAGCUCAUAGAUGGACGGAAAUGGAGUGAGACUACAUUUGAGAGAAUCUUGGAACAUUUGAGCCCGUUCAAGGAUUCAGUUUAUGCCCUGGACCAGGCUUUGCCGGCGAGGAAUGAUGUUAACAUCACUGCAAAGGUGUUUGGGAGUAAGAGAAUCAGGGAAUCUUUGUUACAGGCUGCGAGGGAUGAUAAAUUGGGGGUUUUCGCAGGAAUUGUCGAUGAGGAUGAUAAUGAUUUGUUCGGGAAUUCGGUUAGUAAUUAG